CCCUUUGAAAACUGCUUCUAAAAAAUGUAUUCCUGUGGAGUAUGUUUAGUAAAAGGACAAAUAAUACAAACGAAAAUAUGUUUGACUUUCAAUAGCAAUUAAGCAUUUAUUCAAUGUAUGAUCGCAUUUUGUCUAUUUAUAUGUACAUACUUGGACAUCUACCCACAUACUUUCUAUCAUACUAGAGAUUAAUAUGGAAAUUAAUAGACAAAUUUUCUUAAUAGAAAUUAAAAUUAGCUUAUGACCAGUACUUUACAUCUUUUCAAGUUCACAAAACAAUCCAGAAACUAAUCAUAUUCAGCUGACACCAAAUAAAGUAAGUUUCAACUUCUGAAUUCAGUUACAUCCAAUUAUUUAAACGUUAGCUUAAAGUUUUAAGCUGCAAUAUUUAGUAAACUUUAUAAGUAUGUACGUACUCUCUAACCAAGAAUUGUUUUUGAUUUGUGGCAAUUGUGUAACAGAGCUAUACAAGAAAGUAUAUCCCGAUGUUUCUAAGUUUGAAUUAUUUCUUUGAAUAUUUACAUAGACUAACUUGUAGGGACAACAUCUGAUUGUUUCCCAAAUAAUCGCAAUGACUGUUUAUACGGGGCGAAGUUGGAGUACGGUUUGCUAACUUCAUUUGCGUUGCCGUCCGAAUCCUAACCAGCGACCUGAAACUUUACAUGCAUGAAGUGCAGUAAUAAACAGUUUCUGUAAAGUUUCGCUGGUUUCGAUGAUACUGGCCGGACAACGAGACUGGGUUAGCAAAGCAGGUACGAGAAAAUGACUUGUUCAAAUCGAUGUUUGUGGAACGAAGUUCUUUUCCAAGCUUUGUCGAUUUCUUAACGCCGAUUGCAAAGAGAACAAAAAACGAGAGAGCAAGUAAGCGCCUAUACAUAGAUUCAUCAACGCGGGGCAGAAAGGCAAUUACACACAACGUACCGUGCCGAAGAAUGCCGAAGAUCGGCUCGGGCCUUAUCCCGGUGAUUCGGGCGAUCUCGUUGGGUCGAGUGUUGACUCGUAACGCCGCAUUGGCGCUCCAUCAUAACUCGGCCGUCCUGGAUGAUAAAAGACCGUUGUCAUUUUCACUGAUCAGUUAUUGUUCGGCACGCGGCACGCAGAGGAACCUGUUCCUUUCGAAGAAGACAAAUAAUACGCUGGCUUUUCAUCGACUAUUAUUUAGAAGGUACUGUUGCAAGAAAGAGACAGAAGACGACAAAAUGUCCAGGAUGAACAGAGGCCCGGCUGCCGAACAGUUGACUGAAUACAAGAAAAAUGUACAGGGCCAGCAUGUAUUGCUAACCGGAAGUGGAAACCCGAUCGCUAAGAAGACAGCCAGCUUGACGGUUGGUCCAAAUGGCCCUAUUCUGCUUCAAGAUUUCGUCUUUAUAGACGAAAUGUCUCAUUUCACGAGAGAAAGGAUUCCGGAGCGUGUGGUGCACGCGAAAGGAGCUGGUGCAUUCGGUUAUUUCGAAGUUACCCACGACAUUACCAACUACUGUAAGGCGAAGGUUUUCUCCUCCAUUGGAAAACGUACUCCCGUCGCUGUGAGAUUUUCCAGCGUGGGCGGCGAGUCUGGCUCCUCUGAUACUGUCAGAGAUCCACGUGGUUUUGCGAUCAAAUUCUACACCGAGGAUGGUAUCUGGGAUUUGGUGGGCAACAACACACCGAUCUUCUUCAUCAAGGACCCGAUAUUCUUCCCCAGCUUUAUCCACACGCAAAAAAGAAAUCCUGUCACUCACUUGAAGGACGCCGACAUGUUCUGGGACUUCAUCUCUCUGAGACCCGAGUCAACGCACCAGAUCAUGUUCCUGUUUUCGGAUCGAGGUAUUCCCGACGGUCAUCGUCACAUGAAUGGUUACGGCUCCCAUACGUUCAAGCUAGUGAACGCCGACAACGACAUAGUCUACUGUAAAUUCCACUACAAGACCGACCAAGGAAUUAAAAAUAUCCCAGUCGAUAAGGCGGCUGAAUUAAGCAGCUCUGAUCCCGAUUACUCGAUCAAAGAUCUUUACAAUGCGAUCGCUACACAUAAUUAUCCGACGUGGACGUUCUCUAUUCAAGUGAUGAAGCCGUGUCAAGCAAAGAAGUUCAGAUGGAACCCCUUCGAUUUGACCAAAGUAUGGCCGCAUGACGAGUUCCCGCUCAUACCUGUUGGUAAGCUGGUGCUAGACCGAAAUCCUGAAAAUUACUUUGCUGACGUGGAGCAAAUAGCCUUUGAUCCGGCUCACAUGGUACCUGGUAUUGAAGCAAGUCCUGACAAAAUGCUACAGGGUCGACUAUUCUCUUACGGUGAUACUCACAGGCAUCGUCUUGGACCGAAUCAUCUUCAGUUACCUGUGAACUGCCCGUACAAGGCGAUUUCCGCGAUGAAUUACCAACGCGAUGGCCCGAUGACCUUCUAUAAUCAAAAUGGUGCGCCGAACUAUUUUCCCAACAGUUUCAGUGGCCCACAAGAAUGUCCAGCUGCUCGUCCCACAAGCUACCACGUGAGUGGCGACGUGGACCGUUACGAUAUAGAAGAUGAAGAUAAUUUCGGACAGGCGACCAUAUUUUGGAGACGAGUUCUCAACGAUGACGAGAAGACCAGGCUGGUGAACAACCUGGUUAAUAGCCUUCGUAAUGCGUCAACGUUUAUCGUCGAGAGGGCCGUGAAGAACUUUACGGAAGUGGACACUGAAUUGGGCAAAAGACUUACCGAUGGCCUUCGUAAUGUUGGCAUGCAACUUUAACGUUUCGUCUCUCACAGUCGGCCGAUAAGGAACUACGAGUAAGGAAAAAUCAGCGAAGGUUUUCCUUGAGCAAGAUAAUCUCAACGAAGAUAUUAAUAAAUAGAAAAAUGUUGGUUUGCGAAAUUCUGGUUUAUCAACGAGGAAAAAUUCACAGUUCCAAGUCUACGGUGAAUCCCGGUGAUAUUUACACGUUGCUUGAACAAAGAUGAUGUACAUUUUAUCCUACGUAUGAGCGAAGCUCGGCAAACGAGAUGACAUGUUCGACAGGUGUAGAACAUCUGCUUUAUGGCGCAAUGAAUGAGCACAUUACACCGUUAUGUAAAGAAACAAAGUGAAGUAUUUUGUUUCUGAUCGAUUGUUUAAAAUUUCAUCAACCACCAGAAAGUAUGAUAUUAGCAACUCGGUUGAAAAAAAGAAAUUGAAAUAUCGUUGGCUUUUACAAGUUUUUGACAGCAUUGAUUCGUCUUAUAAAAUUUUGCGGUUACCGACGAUUGAUUAACAAUUGUUAAAUUGUUUUUGAUAGAAGUGGAACUAAUAUUAAAAGUAUGAUGUAGCGGUAGAAAAUUUGUAAUGGUGUAGGGAUAGGUGUUUUUCACGGUAGUUUAUCUUACAGUAUUGCUAUAGCUUAUAGAGUUACAGUAUUAUAACGUUUGAUUCGAUUAUACGUAUUUUUGUAUUUUCUCUAUCACACGUUUACCUUAUUUUUUAUUACACAAUGUGAUACACGUUCUGUAUCACAUAACGUAAAAAAAAGAAAAAAAAAAACGAAAAGCAGAGUAUUACACUUUCUAAGUUAUGUCGCGUGAUUCAGGUGCUUAUCUUUGAGUGCACAGGGAAGAUUUAUUUUUCGAGAAAAUAUGAUACGAAUGAAUUAUUAGAUUUAACGUAAAUUAACUAUGUAUACGGAAAGUCCGUAAUUUAAAUUUGUGCUAAAUAAAGUUUCUUAAUCGAAUGCAAUA